ACCCGCCCGCCGCCCCAGCCGCGCCGCUUUUCCCGUCUAAGCUCGUCAUCCGCCUCGGCGCCGCAAUACAUAUGGCCUGCGCCGCCGGCUCUGCGCGGAAGGUAUCGGCCGUGCUGUACCACUACCCGUGCCCGGACGGCGCAUUCGCCGCGCUCGCCGCCCAUCUCUACUUCUCCGCCGCCGCCCUCCCCGUCCGCUUCUUCCCCAACACCGUCUAUGAUCCCAUCAGGAGUGAUGGUCUUCCGUUUGACGAAAUUGAAGAUGUUUACCUUCUUGACUUCGUAGGGCCUCCUGGUUUUGUUGCUGAUAUAGCCCCGAAAGUUCAGAGUGUAACAAUCUUAGACCAUCAUAAGACUGCCAUGGAAAGUCUGUGUGGGAGUGCCACACUUGGAGAAAACGUGAAUAAGGUGAUUGACAUGCAACGCAGUGGAGCAACAAUUGCAUUCGACUACUUUAGGAACAAGUUAUUAACAGAAGCUAGUACUUCACGGAAUCAUGGAAGUGGUAAUUCUGUAACUGAAAUGAAAUAUCUACCUGAAAACAAGCUUGAAAUGGUGCACAAGCUUUUCAAGUUUAUCGAGGAUGGAGAUCUAUGGAGAUGGACUAUUCCAAAUAGCAAGGCCUUCAGCAGUGGCCUCAAAGAUCUGAACAUUGAAUUUAAUGUCAAUUCAAAUGGGAAGUUAUUUGAUCAGUUGCUGGAGUUGGAUACGGAGCAAGUAAUUUCUCGGGGACAAGUAACAUUAUCGCAGAAGCAAACAUUAAUUGAUGAUUGUUUGGAGAAGUCCUUUGAAAUUGCUCUAGGAUGUGGCCAGUUUGGGAAUUGUCUGGCUGUCAAUGCUGAUGCUAUUUCAAUGCUGAGAAGCGAACUCGGAAAUCAGCUCGCUAACAAGAGUCGGAAUUUGAAUCUGAGAGCUAUUGGCGCUGUAGUAUAUAAAGUCCCCGAGUUGAAUAACGACGAGAUGCUAAAAAUCAGCCUGAGAAGUUUGGAACAAGAAGACACGACUUCUAUCUCCCAGGAAUUCGGAGGUGGGGGGCAUCGAAACGCAAGCUCAUUUCUGUUGAGUGUUGCAGAAUUUGAGAAGUGGAAGGUUGAAGCCGAGCCUUCGAAUGCAGAAACUGCCUAGCCACCCGGUUUUCUCUAUUAUUCCCAUCAAUCAAGGAAGUGCUAAGGUUCAGAAGGAAGAAGAUACAAGAAGAUACAAAGGAUGGGAGCGGCUAGGUUUUAUGUUUGGGGGCGCAGCCCAUCAUCAUGCAAAGGAGCACAUUGCAGACGUGUGUGGAGACUUUAUUCAGCAUUGUGCUAUCACGCCGGCCGUAUUGUUUGACGCUCAUGAGUAUGCUGAAACUGUUGAGCAUCCAUGUGUACUUUUUCUGUAGGCUAAUCUAGACUUUAUGGAUCCCUAGAACGGGCUAGCUUGUUACGACUUCCAUUAGCAACCGCACUGCUGUACUGUACUCCCUCCGCCCCACAAUGUAAGACUAGUUUCCGAAAACGUCUUAUAUUAUGGGAAGGAGGUGGAUUUUCGGAUGCAACUGCUGCGAAGUUUCUGAGUUUUGCGUAGU